AUGUACGUGUUCGCGCUGGUGUGGGGGCUGGGCGCCUUCCUCGACCUGGCCGACCGCCAGCGCUUCGACGAGUACAUGCGCGAGCGCCUGCCCAAGCUGCAGCUGCCGCAGGCCAAGCCCGGCACCCAGGAGACGUCCAUCUUCGACUUCGCCAUCAACAAGAAGGGCGCGUGGGAGCUGUGGUCGAAGCUGCUCACGAGCUACGCCUACCCGGAGAACUCGACGCCCGACUACAGCAGCAUCCUGGUGCCCAUCGUGGAGAACGUGCGCGUGGCGCGCCUGGUGGAGCUGAUCGCCGAGCAGGGCCACGCCGUGCUGCUCAUCGGGGAGCAGGGCAGCGCCAAGACCGUCAUGAUGAAGGCCUUCAUGCGCCGCCUCGACCCCGACAAGUUCCUCAGCCGCUCCUUCAACUUCUCCUCCGCCACCAGCCCCUUCCAGUUCCAGGUGACACUUUUCGAUAUGCUUCUUCAUUGAUUGGUUGAUUGGUUGGGGAUAACAGGCGCGUCAACUACUAUGGUCAUUGGUCUCGUAAAUGUGGCGAUUGCCAUGUCCUGAGAGGUGAGGGGGUGUUUCUUAUCCGCUGUAACGUGCGAUCCAUCGCCAAACCGAACGUCAGCUUGCGAGCCUUCUCCUCAAUGUAUCUCCUCAAGGACGACUGCCCCAGUCAGAUCAAGC